GUUCAGUCCUUACUGGCCCCAGCCCCCUCCUGUUUGUAUUGCUCUUUCAUUUCUCCACGAAUACUUUGAGAAAUACUGCGUAUCAACAACCAAAACGUUUUGUGUCCCUCACAGUAGCUUCCACCACUAUGGAGGACGAAAGACCGGCGAAACGAUUCAGGCAUCAAUCCUACAAGCAAACGUUAAAGCAGGUUCAUCCUCCUUCUGCGCUAAGCAAAAACCAGUAUGAUGUAGAAUUGGCGGAAGUAGCGGACAAUUCUUCUCAUUUUCACGAGGCCCUCGUUCAUUGGAGAGAACUGAAUCUCACCGCUGCGUUCACGCAGUUUGCUUAUGCGGUCGAUGGUCUAUCGGCUUCGAUGCCGUUACUGCUUCAUCAUUGGCAGGAGGUCGUGAAGCUGUGGAUUGGGGCCGUGGACCGUGCAGAUGAUGAGGGUCAAAAACCAUUACUUGAUCUGUUUCAGAAACUACUACACGACUUACGAACAACCCUUGGUCCACUUCACGCGGAUAUCUUAAAGCAGUUAGUCAGGUUACUCCCUAGAUCCCUCUCAGCUCAGGUCCACACUGCCCUUCUCGAAACGUUUUCUGCGCUGUUCAAAUACCUGCUGAUACCAUUGGACUAUACUGAGGAAGCUUGGGCCGCAUUCUCAGAAACGCUACCCAACUGUAACCCUGAAGUUCAAAGAGCUGUUGCAGAGUUAUGGGGAUCAAUUCUUCGAAGACUUAAACCUGCUGCCAGGGAGAAGGUCACACUGGCGAUCAUAGCUAGCGCAAAUCCGGACGUCUCUGCCUGGGUCUUUGUUUCUGCGUGCAAAUCUGUCUCGCAAACCCUUCACACGAUCUCGCCGACGGUCUUUGCUCCGCUGUUGCAGUAUUAUCUCACUUGCGAGGAACCGGAUCAGUCUUUCACUGUCUUGCGUCGUAUGUUGACCGCGCUCGCGCAUCACUGCAAAACGUCGGAACAGUACUCUCCCAUAGCGGACAUCAUAGUAGAGGAACUUGCCAAGGCAGAACCUGCAGAAAUCGAGCGACUAAGGCGCCUUUUGGAGAUCGCUACUGUCCCGAUAUCCGUACGACAAGGUUCCAGGCUUACCGCAAAACAACUGUCGUCUAUGCUAUCUCAAUUCCAAAAGCUCCCCCUUUCGGAGGAUGCGCUUCAUGCCGCGGUGCUCAAGUUUACCGUGUCUUGUCUCACAGCAGGCGAUAUGGCGCUCUGGAUGGGACCUGGUCGGAAAGUUUUCGAACGCAUAUUCGAAAGACCAGCUUUAGGGCUUGAAUUGUGUGGUGUUCUCUCCGACUUGAACUGGGGGGGCUGGAAGUCCCUUGCCUUGCCAAAGGUGACGAGACUGCUGCCUCAGUACCUCGAGACUCAUACUACCAGGGCGCUCGAACUGCUGGUAGCUUUGAACCGGACACACAAGCUGGAUGGAGUGGAUCAGGGUUGGAAACAGCGGAUACAGACGUGGGUGGAUCAGCAGUUUGAGGGGUGGAAACAAAGUGAAGAACAGAUAUUCGACUAUGCUCAAGUCCUGCAGAUUCAGAACCUUCUUCCUACACUUAGCCCAUUGCUCGUACGAGUGAUUCAGUCGACACUUGAAACCAGUGAAUCAUCACGACAUGACUUUGAGGUGAAGGCAGGCAAUUCCGCCUGGUUGUUAGGCGCCUCAUUGUCGUGCUUGGCUUCUCGAAAACCGAAGGAGUGGUCAGAGUUGGUUGAUGUCGUGCAUUGGACUAGGAAAACCAUUGAAGGUUGGGGAUGGUGCGGUUGCACGAUGUCUGGUCUGGUCGAGCUAGUUGGUGCAUGUUCUGCGCAUGAACAGGAGCUUCUGGGCGAAGAGCUGUACCCAUCCUUGCAGGUGUCCCUGCUUUCACACUCGCGUCUGCUUCGCCUCAGUGUUCUUCGUAUUCUCUCAUCUCCUUGUGUCACCUUACCCGAGGGUUCUGCUGAGGUCUUGAAGCGUUGUUUGCAAGGCGACGAGGUACCACUCGACGUCCAAGGCGUUCGAGAAAGAGUCUUGAGAAUCACUCGUUUAGGACAAGUUCUUAAGGACGGUGACGAAUUAGGCGCAGACAUCGCUAUUCGUUGGCUGACAUCGCAAUUGAAGGUGAACCUUCGUCCCGUUUGGUCCCCAGCUGCCGAAGCUUUAGCUGCGAUCGCAGAGCGGUUCGGGGAUAAAGUCUGGGAGUUAGUCUUUGAAGAACUCCAGAAUCUGUCACAAGGUUCUACAUUACAAGUGGAUCCGGGAUGGAUGGUGGAUGAAGAUGAGGGGGAGUUGGAUACAAUCAACGAAGAUGAGCGAACAUGGAGAGAUCCAAGUGCUCACAAGUUUCGAUCACAAGUAACGCUAUGGCUGCGAGAAAAUGCGGCGCGGAAAAGGCUGAUACGGUCUCAGAUAGUUCAAGAGCGUUUCGACCACAAGAGUUACGAAGUCCAGCUUCUCGCGACUCUCGUCGAAUGUUCGUCGUUGGCUGAGAGGCAUAGUCGCGAUCUUGUCCCUCUUUUCCUUUCCAUGGCACCUCCCGAUGCUCCCGCCCAAAUGGCUCGAUACAAGUUAAGCGCAUGGUUGGAGCUCUUCUCCAAGUUUGUAAACCCCAAGGCAUUGCGAUCCACGGACGAACUUCACCAAUGCUACAUGGUACUACUCUCGCACCCGGAUCGACCGUUGCAGAAGCUCGCUCUAUCUUGUCUUCUGACUUACAAGUCACCUCACAUUAUACCUCAUGGGGAUACGCUCAGCAUGCUCCUGGACGAGACAAGAUGGAGAGACGAGUUGACACAGCUACAAAUUGCAGAGAUCGAGAAAGACGAUCGGCCGGAACUCGUGGAUGUAAUCAUCAGAAUGCUCUUCGGUAUCAUGCUAGAGAAAAGGGGCCGAUCCCGAGGUUCCGACCGUCGAGCAGCUGUGCUUACUGCAUUGGCUGGCUGUACGGAUGCGGAGUUGACGACACUUGUUGACCUGAUGCUGAAGCCUGUCAAUAAAGGGCGAGAACCACACAUCGAGGCGGAAUACGUUACACACAGUAUUCCAUCAGAGGUCACAGACAAGCAGCUCGUUGGAUUCUUGAACCUCUUGGGUGAUGUCAUAAAGCAGCUUGGCUCAAGACUGCUCUCCGUGUGGCCUAUCCUUCUGUCAACGCUUCUUGAUGUUACAGGAUAUGCUCAGAGCCGAAUAAGCCAACACAGUGACAAGGAUAUUCCCGAGGACGAUGUGGAAGUGGACGAGGAGAAUGACGAGAAAGACACGAUCCAGAGUGCCUCGAGAACUAUCCGUACCGUUCGUCAAUUGGGUCUCAAGCGAUUCGCGGAUUUCUUCCGAAUACCUGUUACAUUCGAUUUCGGGCCUUACAUGCCAGAAGCCUUCCAUUCCUUCAUAUCACCUCGACUCAACUCCCUCGAUGUCGAGAAUACUCAAUCACCCUCUUCGCUCCUGGAGUUGUUUUACAUCUGGUCACUGCGACCUGAAACUGUUCGUUAUCUAGCGGCGUAUGAUGAACGCACACUACCGAAGAUCUACGCUUGUCUGAUUGCCACCAAUGUCAAGGAGCCGGUCAUCCUGAAGGUCUUCGACAUCGUAGACAAUCUCUCACGUGCCUCCGCAGAGAAUACUGAACUUUUGGAGAUUGUCUUCAAGCCCCAUAUACCCCUGCUUCUCAACAACCUCUCCAUUCUGGUUGAGCGUGUCAAAGAUGUAGCAUCAGUCACCGAUACCAUUGGUCGCCGACAGAUUAGGAUCUUGUCGGACCUUGCUCCCUACAUUUCGGAUCCUGAGCUGGCUUCAACAUUAUUAACUCUCUUCAUCCCUCUACUGCGCAAACCAUCAAAGGUGCUUCCCGAGAAGAUCAAAGUGGACAUACUGAACAUCGUCCGCAACCUCCUGCCGGUUGUGACGUUACUGUCGGAUCCGUCGAGUACGGUCUAUAAGAAGACAUAUGCGCUCCUUUCGCUUCUCUUCCAAACUCUACGAUCGCGGCAAGCGCGACUGGCACACGUGGCAACAUUCCACACUCUCGCUGAGGUUCAUCCUGCGCUUCAACCAUUGAGCCAACUUCUUGACGACCUCAAUGCUUACUCUACGAAGCGUAUUGAGGAGCCUGAUUUUGAUCGCAGGCUGGGCGCUUUCACGAGACUCAAUGAGACGCUUCAUUCCACUCUGAGCGCGACGGAAUGGCUACCUAUCCUCUACAACAUGCUUAACUUCAUUCAGGAUGCCGAUGAACUCACAGUCCGCAACAACGCUUCAUUCGCCAUGAAACGCUUUGUGGAUCUGGUGGCCAGUCGUGAUUCGGAGUUCGAGGAAUCGUUUUUGAAGAUACUGUACCCUGGACUUAAAAAUGGCUUGCGGUCCAAGAACGAGUUGGUUCGGGCAGAGAUUCUGGGUGUCAUUGCAUAUGCAGUCAAUCAUUGCAAGGAUAUUGCCGUUUUGCAAGAGAUGCGAGGUCUGUUGGCAGGAGGAGACGAGGAAGCUAGUUUCUUCAACAAUAUCCAUCAUAUUCAAGUCCAUCGUCGCACACGAGCUCUUCGUCGACUUGCUGACUACUGCGAUGAAGGUCAUCUACGCAGUGUAACGCUAGCAGAGAUAUUUGUUCCUCUCGUCGGAAACUUCAUCAUGUCAGCAGGUUCCAUCGACCACCAGAUUGUCACUGAAGCCAUCAUGACUACGGGUCGGAUGGCACGUCAGCUAAAGUGGGGUGCAUACUAUGCAUUGAUUCAGCAGUACUUGCGUCUCACGAAGGCGAAAGACGCUUCUGAACGUGUGUACGUGCGCGCCAUCGUCUCUGUAUUAGAGAACUUCCACUUCCCGAUGAAUGAAGUUGCGGAUAUGGACGAGCCAUCAGAAGAAAAGGAUGCGGAAGCGGGUCUUGAGGAUGACGAGGAGGCCCUUGCUGUCAACAGAGCUGUCCGCGAGCAAUCGCGGAUCGCGGACGUGGUAAACACUCGUCUGCUUCCAAGCCUUCUGAGACAUCUCGAGAAUCGUGACGAGACAGAAGAUAGCCUUCGUAUACCCGUUGCUAUAGGUAUCAUUCAAGUCGCUCAACAUUUACCACCAUCUACCGGGCUCCCACAGAUCACGAAGCUCCUCACAGUGCUCAGUCAAAUCUUGCGCAGUAAAUCGCAAGAGACUCGUGAUCUGACCAGAGAAACUUUGUGUCGAAUUGCUGUACUUCUUGGUCCGAGUUAUCUGCCUAUCAUGCUACAGGAAAUGCGCGCCGCAUUGCUACGCGGUCCCCAUCUGCAUAUCCUCGCUUUCGUGACACAUGCUCUGCUGGUAUAUGUUACGUCCGGAGAGCACUCCAAGGCGUUCCAUACCCUCGACGAUUGUGUCAAUGACGUUGCUCAUAUAUCUGCAGAAGUGAUCUUUGGCGAGUCAGGGAAGGAUGUCAUGUCAGAAGAGUUCAAGACCAAGAUGCGGGAAGUGCGAUCUUCGUCGGCGAAAGGACUCGAUUCAUUCGCAGUCAUCGCAAAGUACAUUACACCUCCCAAAGUCAGCAGCCUUCUCGUCCCUGUCCGUAAUAUUCUGCAUGAAACCGAAACAUUGCGGGUGAUGCAACAAGUCGAGGAUCUUUUGCACAGGAUCGCAAGUGGUCUCAAUGCCAACGAGCAUCUCACUCCCAAGGAUCUCAUCAGUUUGUGCAAUACCUUGAUUGGCGAGAAUUCCCGUUUCCUCAAACAGGCUUCGAAUCCCUCUAAGCAUCAGAGGAAGGGGAAACCAAAUGCCGAGAUCGUGCAGUUGAAACGCACACAUGGUGUAGCUGCCGAUCAUUACGCAAACAACUCGUUCAGAUUUGUGGUUUUUGGACUGGAUCUUCUCAACACGGCCCUUCGCCGUAGUCGGUUCGACUUCCAAGACCCGGUGGUAAUGUCUCGGUUGGAGUCAAUGAUUCCUGUCAUUGGCAACACACUAUACUCCAGUCACAUGCAAGUCGUCAUUCCGGGUCUCAAAGCUGCAGCCGGCAUUGUUAAGUGCCCUCUAAAGUCUGUCGAAAAGUCCCUUCCCGUCUUCGUACAUCAAAUGGUCGAUAUUGUCAAGCAAGCCGGUUCGACGGAAUCUGAAGCAGUACAGACUGCUUUCAAGUCGUUAUCAACGAUCCUGCGUGAUCAGCCAAGUGCCCAGGUGAAGGAGAAGGAUCUCGUCUUCUUGCUUGAGGUACUUUCUCCCGACCUCGAGGAACCUUCACGGCAAGCUAGCGUGUUCGCGAUGCUUCGAGCCAUCGUGGCAAGGAAGUUCGUUGUCCCAGAAAUAUACGACCUUAUGGAGAGAGUCUCGGAGAUCAUGGUAACCAACCAAUCUUCUCAGGUGCAAGAACUUUGCCGGGGUGUCUUGCUGCAGUUCCUGCUCGACUACCCUCAAGGCAAGGGUCGGCUCAAGAACCAGAUGACCUUCUUAGCGAAGAACCUCUCAUAUGUACACGAAAGUGGUCGGAAAUCCGUAAUGGAGCUCCUGAGUGCCAUCAUCAACAAGUUCAACCCUUCUCUCAUCAAGGAGUAUUCCGACUUGUUAUUCGUAGCUCUUGUUAUGGUAAUUGCCAACGACGAUUCUGCCAAGUGCCGCGAGAUGGCAAGCGCACUAAUCAAGACACUAUUCGCAAGAUUUGAGGAGCAGCAACGACGUGUAGUGUUGUCUCAUGUUCAUUCAUGGGCCUCGCAGAGCUCACAACCUCAGCUCCUCCGAGUAUCUUCGCAGGUCUACAGCAUUAUUAUCGACCUCUUGCAGAAGGACAUCUCGCCAUAUACUACUCUGAUUGUGGAAGACCUGAGUGCUACUCUGGAACAUAGCGCCAUAAUCCUCGACUCCCUCAGUGAGGGUGAUCAAGACCAAAUGGACGUCGACCUCGAAUGGCAGAUAUCCUAUCACGCACUCGUCGCGCUCAACAAGCUUCUUGCCGCUUGUCCUGAUCUUACCACUGAGCAGGAUGUGAUCAAAUGGUCCGCCAUCAUCUCACAUCUCUUGUUCCCGCAUGCCUGGGUCCGCACGGCAUCCUGUCGUCUCGUCAACGUCCUUUUCACUGUUGUACCCGUAUCCGCGCCUAAGGAGGACUCCCCUGAUGGGGACCCCUUCAGUCGAAUUGGUAUGGAGGAAUUGGCCACCAAGUUGUGUUUGCAACUCAAGAGCGAGAAUUUGGACGCCGCCCUUAGUCUCUUGAUUGUCAAGAACCUGUUCUAUAUCGGAAAGUGCUUUGCUUCCUUGCCACUGCCUGGAGCUGCGUCCGGUGACGAAGUCGUUGAUGAAAGUGAUGAGGAGAUCGAGGAAGAUGAAUCCGCCGAGAAACAGAAGCACCCACUUCCUUGGCUGUUUUCUAAACUCUCAUACCAGGCUCGUUCGGCACAUAUUGCUCGUCGAAACAAGUCAUUCAGCCCAGAGAAUUGGUACCACCAACCGGCAUCUGUCUUGCGUUGGUUCGCAGCCAUGAUAAACUACAUGGAGUCUAGUCAAGUUGAACGUUUCCUCACCCACAUCAUCUCUCCUGUGUAUCGCAUCGCAGAAGAUGAUACCAUCCGCGAUGUACACAUGGAUGAAUUGAAGACACUCGCUAUUGAACUGCAAGAUCUGCUCCAGAACAAAGUUGGGACGACCAAAUUCUCCAAUGUGUACAACCAGAUUCGACAGAAUGUGCUUACUGUUAGGAGGGAGCGGAAAACCGCACGGGCUGUUCAGGUCGUCGCACACCCGGAAGCUUCUGCGAAAAGGAGAAUGCAGAAGAAUGUGUUGAAAAAGGAUAGUCGGAAGAGGAAGAGUCAAGUCUUCUUAGAGAACAAGGGCAAAACGAAGAGGCGCAGAGAAGACUGAGAAAUACGGAUUUUGUCUAACACACUUUCCUUCUCUUCAAUUCCUGGGCAUGUGGAGCAUUGAGGGAACUACGGUCAAUCGCAUUUAAUGUAGCAUAGAAUACAUUACUUCUACACCUGUAUCAUACAUAUAGUCAUAUACCACGACUCAAAAAAAGACUACGCUGACAAGUCCAUGGACACAGUCUUACUUGGAAAACAAAGCUCGUUCUCCUC